AUGCGGCAAGUGUCAUCGCACAAAAUCGCAGUCAGUACUUUGGCUUAUAUACGGAAAAUUGUAGGUUUUGGAAAGUACAACAGUGCUCAAGAACUCAUUGAAUUGCUGGAAACCGAAAGAAAACGUUUGUUGGAAGCGUUGCCUUAUCAGUUUGUUGUUUCAAACAUUAUAUUAUGUGUAAUCAAGAUGAUCUGUGAAGAAAACGGUCAGACCAAUGCUGCACUCGGAGAUCUAGUUCCUCAUGAUUCCUUAAAUGAACUCUGGAAAACUCCAAGCAGUAGAAAAGUCAUGGACCCACGAGAACUUCGAAAGUCAGCUCUUAUUGCUAUCAAUGAAUUUGCGACUGAAAUCGACACUUGUAUCGAAGAUAUAUGUGCUCAGGUGAAAGUUUUCAUUGAAGAACAGCCAUAA